GCCACUUGUGUUUGCUCGCUGGGACCGAGGGGGGGCGGACAGCUGAGAGUUGCCUGUCCUUGAGAUAUGACAGCCCGAAGCUUUCCCAUCUAUGUUCCGAGGAAGGUCAAACACUUAAGCCGGUCUUUCUGACAAGAUGUUGUGUUUGUGUGUCAGAGCCGCGCUGCGGCCAGGCAUUGCACAGCCGUGCCGUAUUCUGAGACCAGUAACCCAGAUCCCAGAAAGGUCCCUUGUGCAUCAGGGGGGUUUACCCAAGCUACCCGUGCCACCCUUGAAGCAAACAUGUGAACGCUACCUUGCUGCUCUGGAACCCAUCGUCAGCAAGGAAGAGCUGGAACACACCGAGCGGCUGGUGCAGGAGUUCCUGCACGGGGGAGUGGGACAAAGACUCCAGAAAGGACUGGAGAGGCGUGCACGAAAGACAGAAAAUUGGCUGACAGAGUGGUGGACGCAGUCGGCCUAUCUAGACUGCCGCAUGCCAGUGGCAGUUUACACAAGCCCUGGAGUUGUCCUGCCCCGAAUGAACUUCCAAGAUCAACACGGACAGAUGAGGUUUGCGGCCAAACUAAUUGCAGGAGUUUUGGACUUCAAAAAAAUGAUUGACACUGAAACUCUGCCUGUAGAGUAUUUGAGUGAGAAGCCACUAUGCAUGGACCAGUAUUACCAGAUCCUGUCCUCCUGUCGUAUUCCUGGACCAAAGAGAGACACGGUUGUGAAUUACAACACGGGGCAGACACCUCCCACCCACAUCACCGUCGUCCACAAUUUUCAGUUCUUCUUCUUAGAUGUGUACAACAGCGAUGGCUCUCCUCUGACAGUAGACCAGCUGUACAUGCAGCUGGAGAAGAUCUGGAAUUCCUCUUUGCAGACUAAUAAGGAACCAAUUGGCAUCCUUACGUCACAGCACCGCAACACUUGGGGAAAAGCCUAUAACAAUCUUAUUAAAGACAAGACGAAUAAGGAGUCGGUCCGUGCCAUCCACAAAAGUAUCUUUACAGUUUGCUUGGAUGCUCCGAUGCCUCGGGUGUCAGACGAGAUGUAUCCUAGCCGAGUGGCUGCCCAGAUGUUACAUGGAGGCGGAGCACGCUGGAACAGUGGCAACCGCUGGUUCGAUAAGACAUUACAGUUCAUUGUUGGUGAAGACGGUACGUGUGGACUGGUGUAUGAACAUGCACCCGCUGAGGGUCCACCUAUUGUGUUUCUCAUCGAUUAUGUCGUUAAAUACAUGCAGCAGACUCAAGUCAUUCGCUCUCCGAUGGUUCCCUUGCCCAUGCCUCAGAAACUCCGAUUUAACAUCACACCUGAGAUCAAGAGAGACAUCGAGAAAGCCAAACAAAAUAUGAACAUAAUGGUGCACGACCUGGAUGUGCAUGUUCUUAUGUUUUCCCAUUUUGGAAAAAAAGUGCCAAAGAAACAGAAGCUAAGUCCAGAUGCCUUUGUGCAAAUGGCUCUUCAGCUUGCGUACUUCAGGAUGUACAACCUUUGCUGCUCUAGCUACGAGAGUGCAUCGCUGAGAAUGUUUAAGUAUGGACGAACGGAUGCAAUCCGUUCAUCUACUGUAGACGCACUUGAGUUCGUCCAGGCGAUGCAAGACCCGGCUAGAGAGAACUCAGAGAAGCUGGCACUGCUGCAGAAGGCUGUUCAAACGCAUAAGGAAAACACAUACAAUGCAAUUCACGGCCAGGCCAUAGACAGACACCUUCUUGGGCUGAAGCUUCAGGGCAUUGAAGAUCUGACCUCUAUGCCUGAGAUAUUUAUGGAUACUUCUUAUGCAGUAGCGCAACAUUUUAAUCUCUCCACGAGCCAGGUUGGCUCCAAGACAGACUGUGUGAUGUGCUUUGGUCCAAUGGUGCCAGAUGGCUAUGGAGUGUGCUACAAUCCCAUGGAUGAGCACAUCAACAUUGCCAUCACAGCCUUCAACAGCUGCGAGGAGACGAAUGCUGCCAACUUUGCCCGGGCUGUGGAGGAAGCACUGUUGGACAUGAGAGCUCUCCUGGAGGACACGGCCACGGCCAGACAGUGAGCCCACACAGGAGCCUGGCAUGCUGGAUGUAUAUGGGAGCUGAAACUGACUCGAGCUGCUGCCAAAGCUGCUGGCAGAAUGCCAGAGGCAUUAUCGCACAAAGAGGAAACCUGCAACCUAAGGGUUUGUGGGAAGUAUAGAAUGUAAGACUGUUAAUGCGCUGAAUUUAAGAGGAGAUAUUCUCUACGACGAAAAAUGAAAUAUUUUAAAAUAUUGUGAAUAUAGUAGAACAAAUGUGUUUUUCCUUGUUAAUGCUUUAGCUGUUCCUGGUGGAUCCUUUAACUUAAGGAAAAAAAUUGAGUGCCUUGGUGUGUUUGUUAUUUAUUUCAGGUCAAAACAAUAACUGCAUAUUGUUGGUAAGUAAAUCAAAUGAUAAGGGGGUAUUUUUACAGUACAGAACAGAAGUUACUUACUCUUACUAAAAUGUAAGUCUUGCAAAGUAAAUAAAUGAUACAUAUAUAAACCCAAA